GUUUGGGAUGCUGUAUCCUGCAUAUUACUCAUACAAAGCUGUGAAGACAAAAAAUGUGAAAGAAUAUGUUCGCUGGAUGAUGUAUUGGAUUGUGUUUGCUCUUUAUACAGUUACUGAAACAAUAACUGACCUAACAGUCUCUUGGUUUCCACUGUACUAUGAACUGAAGAUAGCUUUUGUUAUUUGGCUUCUUUCCCCUUAUACGAGAGGGGCAAGUUUAAUCUACAGAAAAUUUCUUCACCCGCUUCUUUCUUCUAAAGAAAGGGAGAUUGAUGACUACAUCGUACAAGCCAAAGAAAAAGGCUAUGAGACCAUGGUGAAUUUUGGAAGGCAAGGGUUGAAUUUGGCAGCAACUGCUGCAGUGACAGCAGCUGUAAAGAGCCAAGGUGCGAUAACUGAGAAACUGAGAAGUUUCAGUAUGCAUGAUUUGACUACUAUCCAAGGAGAUGAUCCAGUAGGACAGAGACCCUAUCAGACGUUACCAGAAGCAAAAAAGAAAACGAGAGCCUCUGCAAGUGAAUCUUCAGGUUACAAAACUCCACUGGAAAAAAAUCCUGGAGAUGAUAAAACAGAUGAAGAGAUGGAGGGGAUGCAUUCAGAAGAUGAAGUGUUUGCUCAGAGAGGCCUUCGAAGAACUCAGAGCAUGAAAUCUGUGAAAACUAUUAAAGGCCGUAAAGAGAUACGGUAUGGAUCACUGAAAUACAGAGUCAAGAAGAGACCCGCUGUUUACUUCUAAGCGUAUUGCACAAUGCCUGCAAGACAAACUGCUGUAUUAUAAUAACUUGAAUUCAGUGCGUCAAGUGUUAAAGAUCUGUGUGUGAUUCAUAUAAUGAGUAUAUAUGAACAGAUAUGAUAGGACUUGGUUUUAUGAACCUGAGUGGUUGGAUAAAGUGUUACUCUGCUUUUCUGUAACUGCUUAUUGUUUAGACUUAAAUCUGGACAAGUUAUAGUAUGAAUUUCAGCACUCCUUAAAUGGGAAUUAAAUGAGUAACAG